AGUUUAGGCUAUGUUCUGGACUAUUCUGGCCUGUCCAUUUCAUAAAUGCACCUAGAUGCAAUGAGAAAUGUUUUUCAUUGCAUUAUUAUUAUUACCUUGGUCCCCUACAUUUUUGUGGUUAUUGAUAAGCAGAACUAUUGUAAUUACUCAACAACAACACAGAAAUGGCGCAGAGAGUGGGGCAGGGGGUGCGUGCAGCGCUCGGGAGCUUGCUAUUGUAAAUAUUAAAAUUUGAAGCUUUCCCCCAGCUGGAUCAGUCAUGUCCCUCACGGACGAAGAGAUCAAGGCGGCAUGUGCUGAGCCGGACGCCUCGACCAAGGACUUCAUCAUGCAGCAGACCAUGUACCGCAUCAAGGACCCCAAGGUCUCCCUCGACUUCUACACGCGCGUGCUGGGCAUGCGGCUGCUGAAGAAGCUCGACUUCCCGGCCGCCAAGUUUUCGCUGUACUUCGUCGGCUACGAGCCAGCGGAGGACAUCCCAGCGGACGAAGUCGAGCGCACGCGCUGGUGCUUCACGCGUCGGGGCACGGUCGAACUCACCCACAACUGGGGCACCGAGUCGGACCCGGCCUUCGCCGGCUACCACAACGGCAACGCCGAGCCCAAGGGCUUCGGCCACAUCGGCCUGGAGGUGCCGGACGUGGAGGCGGCCUGCGAGCGUUUCGACAAGCUGGGCGUCAGCUUCGUGAAGAAGCCGAACGAGGGCAGGAUGAAGGGGCUGGCCUUCAUCAAGGACCCGGACGGCUACUGGAUAGAGAUCCUCAGCGCCAAUAACAUGAAGGGGAUGUAGGGCACAGGGAACUGGCUGUCGGCGGAUGAAGGCUGCGGUGAUCAUGCUUGUUUUGGCUUGUGAAUGUUCUUUAGGUAAUGUUGAAGAAAGACCAGCCCCCGUAUUUUAGAUGGAGCAAAUACGUACUAUCGUGCAAGGGGAUCUUGCAGAUUUUGCGAAGAAGUCUUGCGGCUGCUAUCGUUAUUUUGUAUCUCACAUGAGCUAAACGUAUUACGGCUGUCUGCAGGGUCAUUACGCAAAUGUCAUGAGUUAUAAAUAUACGUGAAUGCUCAACUAU